AUGUCGCGGCUAAGUGGUGACGCUCUCAAAAAAUACGCAGAGAAGUGUAGAGAAAGCAAGAAAACGGGUGAUUAUGACUGGUUGAACGUUGUCCCAUAUGAUUCGAGAUUCCCAAACAUUAAUCAAACUGGAAAUUGUCGGGAAAAUUUCAUUGAUUAUUUUCGCUGUAAAAAUCUGUACGGAGAGGAUUACAAACCGUGCAAUUACUUUUACAAGAUGUAUCACAAUAUUUGCCCGAAGUUUUGGUACGAGGAAUGGGAAGCUCAGGUCGCUGAUGGCACAUACCCUUACAGGGACCGAUUCAGC